UGUAAUUUUCCGCAUUUUUCACCAUGAUCCGAUUUCCCUCCCAAACCCGCCUGUAGGAGGACAUGCCGCAUCUAGUAUUAGGGUGCCGUGCUACAUCUUCUGGCACGCCCAGAAGGUACAGGUCCAGGGGUGACACGCCCCCCCCAGGAGGCCAGUGUGCCCCGGGCGGCGGCGGCGCUCGGGCUGCGGUGGGGCGGUCAGCGGCGGUUCCUCGAGCUUCUCCCAGACCGCAGCCUCGGGCGGCCGUCGGUGAGCCACAGCGGGCACCUCCGGUCGAGCCUGCACGUGGAGGGCAAGGACGAGGCUGCCCGCGUGCCGGCGUCGAUGCUGCCACCUCCGGCGCCGGCGGAGCCAGCCUUGGGUCUGCUGGGCGCGGCGCUGGGGUGCCUCCAUGGCGCGUGCUGCCCGUCGGCGCCGAUAGGCGCUGCUCUUGCGGCUCAGCUUCCUGGCGCCUCGCUGGCCUGCUCGCUGGCCGCGCUGCUGCUGCUCUCGGCCGCCGGCGGCGGCGGCGCGGCCCUGCUGUGGGCGCGCGCGGUGAAUUCCGGCCUCGGCCAGAGGGCGUCCCAGAAGGCGAUGUACAGAGGGAGCUGCUUGUUCGCCUUCAUCGUGGGCGCUGCUUGGAUGCUAGCGACCUUUCAGGGCCUCACCAUCCAAGCAGUGCCUCUCGAGCUCCGGGCGAGGUGAUGCGUGAUGUCCGUGCGCACGGACCAGCAGGGAGGGAUGGAUGGAUGGAUGGGAACCGCGGGAGACGAGACGAGGGGAGGGGGGGACCCGGGCUGCACCGUCCACACGUGGCGAGGGGCGCCCCUGUCCACGGCCCGUGCUGCAAACGAGGGCGCAGGGCCGUGUUUAGCUGCCAGACGUGCCGCGCGGCCCGUGCUCGCGCGCCCCCCUCUCGACCCCCCCCUCCCUGCUCUCGCCCCCCCCUCCCCGCUGCCCCCCCCCCUCCCGGACAUCCUCGCGCCUUCGACGGGCCGCCCGCUCCGCGAGGCCGCCGGAGGCCUACAGAACGUCUCCGGCGCACCGCCCGGCGUGGCACGGACCAGCUCCGCGGAGCCCCGUCCUCGCCUCGCGGGCUCCCCGCGCGCGAAGCCGCGCGGCCUCGCCGACCUUUGUCGGG